UCCAGUCCCUCGUCAUCUUCGACACCCAAAGACCGCACACGAUCGGCGGCCAACGUCCUUUUCGUCGCGCUUUCCGACGACUCGACUUCUCUCUCUCCUCGUCUAAACCCACACACAUCACAAAAUGGAUCACGGACGCGAUCCCUGCCCCUGGGUCAUCCUCAACGACUUUGGUGGCGCCUUUGCCAUGGGCGCCAUCGGAGGCACCAUCUGGCACGGAAUCAAGGGCUUCCGCAACAGCCCCGUCGGCGAGCGGAGGAUAGGCUCCAUCACAGCAAUCAAGGCGCGGGCGCCAGUAUUAGGAGGCAACUUCGGCGUCUGGGGCGGCCUCUUCUCCACAUUCGACUGCACCGUCAAGGGCAUCCGCAAGAAGGAGGACCCGUACAACGCCAUCAUUGCCGGCUUCUUCACGGGCGGCUCGCUCGCCAUCCGCGGCGGCUACAAGGCCGCGCGGAACGGCGCCAUCGGCUGCGCCGUCCUGCUGGCCGUCAUCGAGGGCGUCGGCAUCGGUUUCCAGAGGAUGCUAGCUAGCGGCACCAAGCUAGAGGUCCCUCAGCCGCCUCCGGAGCAGCAACUCGCAUAAUGGCCCUGAUAUUUUCGAAACUGUAACGACCAAUGACGUGCCAAAACC